AUGAACUCGCCGACACUACUGGAGUCUAGUGUUGAAACUACUACCGAAAGCCCCGACACUGUUGAAAGUGACGAAUCGGAUCUAGAGCAUCAAGGUGAUGCUCAACAUCGCGAUGAGGAGGACAAAAGACAGAUUAAACUUGCCUCCGUAGGCGCAAAUGAGCAAAAUGAAGAAAUGGUUUCCCUAUAUGACGAAGAGGAAGAUGAUUACGAAGGAGAAGACUCGAGCAAAGCGUCCAGCAAAAAACCUCCUCCCGAGGACAUCGACGGAUCAAAAGUAAAUAAGCAAAACACAUCAAUUUUCACAUUCAAUCUCCCAUUCGGGGGCAAAUCGUUGAUACCCAUCUCGCCUUUAAGUUCUCUGCGCAAGACUUUAUUACCGGCUUCGUCCAGUGACAAUGCACAUACGAAGAGUAGACGGAAAAUCAAACUCAAGCUUCAACGGCAAGAAACCAUUUCUUCGGUGGAGGAAUUGGAGCUGUUUCAAAACCAAAAGGGGAUCGAUAACGUUCGAGCUCGAGCAGUGAAGAGAGCUUUAAAACCGGGUGCGUUUCUUAGCACCAUCAAAUCGUUAUCCACCGAUCAGCAGACUACAACUCUCGAUGGGUACUCGUUAGGUAGAAUAGAAUCCAUAUGGGAUGAACUAGAGGGAGAUGUUGUUUUUCUAGGAGGUUACAGAGGAAGUAUUUUGCGAGACUGUAAAACUAAACGUAGAAUCUGGUUACCGAUUCGAGCCGGGCUCAAUAUCCGCAAAGUCGACCUGUUGAUCGGGCCAGAACCGGACUCAGAGUUUGAGGCCCAAUCGAAACUCUAUCCUGAUGGAAUGCUAACCCAUUUUGGGCCGGUCGAUGUCUGCAAAAAAGUCAUCAAAAAGCUCCGAAGCAAUCCCAAAGUAAACGUGGAAGACUUUGGAUACGACUGGCGACUUUCGUUGGAUAUUCCGGCCAGGGACUUAACCAAAAGGUUAACAGAAAUUUAUGAUAAACAAGAUAAGAAGAAAGGAGUUAUCCUUGUAGCACACUCCAUGGGGGGUUUAGUCGCCCACAAAGUGCUACAAGAGCAUACAAAUUUGAUCAGAGGUAUAAUAUAUGUGGGGUCGCCUAGUCAAUGUCCGAACAUUUUGGGACCCAUGCGGUUUGGUGAUGAGGUUAUUUUCAACAAAACCAUUUUGAGCGCAGAGGCAACUUUUUUCAUGAGAAGUAGUUUCUACUUUUUGCCCUUUGACGGAAGAUGCUUUGCAAACAAAGACACUCUUGAACGUUAUGAUCUGGAUUUUUUCGACCCAAAAAUAUGGCGCCACUAUGGCCUCUCGCCGCUAGUGAGCGAGGAACGUCUUAAGGCAGAGGACAACGUUGAGAUGGCGUCUCCGGAGAAGGACAAAUUCAGUUUGAUCCCCAAUGUGGACAUGAUGAGAUCUUUAAGCGGUAGUAACGAUGAGCCUGUACACUUUGUUACGCCUUACAACAAGUGCCAGGAAUACCUUGAGAGAACCUUGAAAGAGACCCGUGAGUUCCUGGAAAGUCUUGAGUACAGAGAAAACAAAAUAUACCCUCCGCUAGCAAUCGUAUACGGAAACCGCAUACCGACGGUCCGUGGAGCGAAAGUUCGGGGGCUAGAACAGAUCAAAAGUGGAGAAUAUGAAGACUUCUACUACGGACCUGGAGAUGGUGUUGUACACCAUAAAUGGCUUCUGCCAGAAACACGGGGGUUUCCAGUAGUCGCCAAAAUCGCGUCCGAGUGCGCCCACGUCAGUCUCAUGACGGAUUUUGAAGCAUUGGCGAAGGCGUUCAUAUCACUUAUAGAUAACGAGUAG